AUGGUCGGUUUGGACCUGAAGAAUCGACACAGAAAGGUGUUUGUGGAGCUGAACGAGCUGGUGAUCGACAGGAACCAGGAGCUGCAGUGGAGGGAGACAGCUCGAUGGAUCAAGUUUGAGGAGGAGGUGGAGGAGGAGACAGAGCGCUGGGGGAAGCCUAAAGUCCCCUCCCUCUCCUUCCGUUCCCUGCUGGAGCUCCGAAAAACCAUGUCCCAUGGGGCGGUGCUCCUGGACCUGAAGCAGGGGACUCUUCCGGGGAUCGCUCAGCAGGUGGUGGAGCAGAUGGUGAUCUCUGAUCAGAUCAAAGCUGAAGACAGAGCCAACGUCCUGAGAGCCCUGCUGCUCAGACACAGCCAUCCCAGUGAUGAGAAAGACCACAGUCUGUUCAGCAAGAACAUCUCUGCAGCCAAUGUGGCCAACUUGAUUGACAGACACAUUGGCCAAUCAGAGCACUCCACCAAUGUGACCAAUCACAGAGAGGCUGAUGGAGAGAAAAACAAGAAAAGAAGCCCUGCCCUCUGUCACUCCAGAUCCAAACAUGAAGAGAAGCUGAUGGAAAAGAUCCCGGAGAGAGCGGAGGCCACUGUUGUCCUUGUGGGCAGUGUAGGCUUCCUGGACCAGCCCUCCAUGGCCUUCGUGAGGCUGCAGGAGGCGGUUCUGUUGGAGUCGGUCCUAGAGGUUCCUGUCCCUGUGAGGUUCCUCUUCCUCCUGUUGGGCCCGCCCACCGCCAACAUGGACUAUCACCAGAUUGGACGAUCCAUCUCUACGCUCAUGUCAGACAAGCACUUUCAUGAGGCUGCGUAUCAGGCUGACGACCGCCAGGACCUGCUGGCAGCCAUCAACCGUUUUCUGGAUUGUAGCGUGGUCCUCCCUCCCUCUGAGGUCGGCGAUGAUGAAAUGCUUCACUCAGUCGCUCGCUUCCAACGAGAAAUGCUCCGAAAGAGGGAGGAGGAGCAGAGCGGGAAACUGCAGGAGAAACAGAGCAGCACUCAGCAGGAUGAAGAUUCUCUUGUUCCCUCCAAACACGGAGACGAGCCCCUGAAACGUUCAGGCCGUCUCUUCGGAGGUCUGAUCAAAGAUGUGACUCGACGUUACCCUCAGUACCUCAGCGACCUUCAAGAUGCUCUGAACCCGCAGUGCAUGGCCGCCAUCAUCUUCAUCUACUUCGCAGCACUGUCACCUGCCAUCACCUUCGGUGGACUCCUGGGUGAGAAAACAGACGGUCUGAUUGGUGUAUCUGAGCUGAUAGUCGCCACGUCGCUGCAGGGUAUAGUCUUCAGCGUCCUGAGCGCUCAGCCUUUGCUGAUCAUCGGCUUCUCUGGACCGCUGCUGGUGUUUGAAGAGGCUUUCUACACUUUUUGUAAAGAUAACGGGAUCGAGUAUCUGACAGGCCGGGUGUGGAUCGGGUUCUGGCUGGUGCUGAUCGUAGUCCUGACUGUGGCCUUCGAGGGGAGCAUCCUGGUCCGCUUUGUUUCCCGUUUCACUCAGGAAAUCUUCUCCUUUCUCAUCUCCCUCAUUUUCAUCUACGAGACAUUCGCCAAACUGAUCAAGAUCUUUCAGGAGCAUCCCCUUCAAAACUGUUACCAUGGAAACAACACAGUGUCCUCAUCUAAAUGCAACUACACCGCAGCAGCAAGGGAUUCUGGGAAGAUUGUUGGAGAACCAAACACAGCCCUGCUGUCAUUCGUGCUCAUGGCUGGGACGUAUUUCAUUGCUUUCUACCUGCGCAAGUUCAAGAACAGCUCCUUCUUCCCCGGGAGGCUCCGUCGGAUCAUCGGUGACUUUGGUGUUCCCAUAGCAAUCCUCAUCAUGGUUCUGGUGGACUACAGCUUUGAGGACACCUACACCCAGAAGCUGAACGUGCCCAGUGGAUUCUCAGUGUCCAGUCCAGAGAAGCGUGGUUGGCUAAUUUCUCCUCUGGGGUCGGACGGGCAGUUUCCUGUUUGGAUGAUGGCCGCCAGCAUCCUUCCUGCCAUCCUGGUCUUCAUUCUCAUCUUCAUGGAGUCUCAGAUCACAGCGUUGAUCGUCAGUAAGAAGGAGAGGAUGCUGGCGAAGGGCACUGGUUUUCACGUGGACCUCCUCAUCAUCGUGGUGGUGGGUGGGCUUUCAGCAAUGUUGGGGUUGCCGUGGUUAUCAGCCGCCACGGUUCGCUCUGUCACACACACCAAUGCCCUCACGGUCAUGAGCAAAGCUGUCGCCCCUGGAGACAAACCACGCAUCGAGGAGGUGAAGGAGCAGAGGGUGACCGGCUUCCUGGUGGCUGUUUUAGUUGGUCUGUCCAUCGUCAUUGGGGAGGUCUUACGUCAGAUCCCUCUGGCAGUUCUAUUCGGGAUCUUCCUCUACAUGGGUGUGAUGUCACUGAACGGGAUCCAGCUCACUGACAGACUCAUCCUGCUGCUGAUGCCCCCAAAGUACCACCCCGACCAAAGCUAUGUCCGCAAGGUGAGGACGCUGAGGAUGCACCUGUUCACUAUCGUCCAGCUGAUCUGUCUGUCUGUCCUGUGGGUUGUCAUGGCGACAGCAGCCGCGCUGGCGUUCCCCUUCAUGCUGCUGCUGACCAUCCCUGUGAGGAUGCUGGUGCUGCCCCGUAUCUUCAGCUGGAGAGAGAUUCAGAGUCUGGAUGCUGAUGAUGCAGAGCCUCACCUGGAGGAGAAGGAGGGGCAGGACGAGUACUCACAGCAGCAGAUGCCUGUGUGACCAGUCUGCAGCCUUGUGAUUGGCUGAUCCACCUCCUUCAUUAGCAUAUCCAACAUGUAUCCUGUAGCAUUGCUUGAAAAUCCUGUUUUUUAUGAAUCCGACUUUGUCUUCUUGAUUCAUGGGACGGUCUCGUCUCCGACUCUGAUGAUGCUGCUCAACAAACCGCUUCAAUCUGAACUCUAUUCUCUGUCGUUUGUUUUAAAGAUCAAACUAACUGAACGCAGUCCGUCCUACUUUUGUCCCAUGCUGAAUGUUUCUAUCAAUAAAGGCAAAUUCAUGAUUAA